CGUGUGGAAGGUCUCUACGAUCUUUUCCGGGUCGACAAAUUAGCACACCCAUGAAUGUGAGCUAGCGGGCCCGAGUUACUCAUUAAAAAAAACAAAACACCAGAAAGAAAACCGAAUCGGACAUUUAAACAAAGUCAGCACGGAACAUUCAGGCGCGUCGUUCUGUAACCUUAUGACACAGCAAUGCCGGGGCUCAGCUGUCGAUUUUACCAGCACCGGUUCCCAGAGGUGGAGGAUGUCGUGAUGGUGAACGUGAGGUCCAUCGCCGAGAUGGGCGCCUACGUCAGCCUUUUGGAGUACAACAACAUCGAGGGCAUGAUCCUCUUGAGCGAGCUGUCGCGUCGACGUAUCCGCUCCAUCAACAAGCUCAUCCGCAUAGGCCGCAACGAGUGCGUGGUCGUCAUCCGAGUAGACAAAGAGAAGGGAUACAUCGAUUUAUCAAAAAGAAGAGUUUCGCCAGAGGAGGCCAUCAAGUGUGAGGAUAAAUUCACCAAAUCUAAAACUGUUUACAGCAUCCUGCGACACGUGGCAGAGGUGUUGGAGUACAGUAAGGACGAGCAGCUAGAGAGCUUGUACCAGCGCACCGCAUGGGUCUUCGAUGAGAAAUACAAGCGGCCAGGAUACGGCGCUUAUGAUGUCUUCAAACAGGCUGUAUCAGAUCCUGCUAUUCUGGAUGGCCUGGAUUUAACAGAGGAGGAGAGGAAUGUGUUGAUUGAUAACAUCAACAGGCGACUCACUCCACAGGCUGUCAAAAUCAGAGCAGACAUUGAAGUGGCGUGCUAUGGUUACGAGGGGAUCGACGCCGUGAAAGAAGCUCUGAGGGCUGGGCUAGGCUGCUCCACAGAGGCCAUGCCCAUCAAGAUCAACCUGAUCGCUCCCCCUCGCUAUGUGAUGACGACGACCACCCUGGAGCGCACAGAGGGCCUCUCUGUCCUCAACCAGGCCAUGGCUGCUAUCAAGGAGAAGAUUGAAGAGAAGAGGGGCGUGUUUAAUAUCCAGAUGGAGCCUAAGGUGGUGACGGACACGGAUGAGACGGAGCUCGCCCGGCAGCUGGAGAGGUUAGAGCGCGAGAACGCCGAGGUGGAUGGAGACGACGACGCUGAGGAGAUGGAGGCCAAAGCAGAGGACUAAGAGUCGGUCCUCUUUGGAAAGCUGGUGGGGAGAAAAGCAUCAAAGGAGGAAAGAAGAAAAAGAAACGUGGACAGACCUGGCCUCAGUCACCCAGUCCAACAGAUGUUAACUUUCACAUUGCAACCAUUAACUGGUGUUACUAUUUUUAUUGGCAACAUCCCAGUUUGUUCAAGAGAGGUUUGUCUCAGGAGAAGGUAACUGAAACGCGGUCUUUUUAACCAGACACGGACACAAGGAUGGUUAAAUUACAAGUUAAACAUCACAUAGUUUUUAUUUUAAAGUACCCCAUUUGAUUAAAUAACUCUAAAACAAGAAAAGCUGUUUUCAAGCUGUGGCCUUUCAUUUUACCUCUUGCUUUAAGAGCCCGGUGUCUUCAGUAUCCACGCCGCUUUAUCUCCGGCUGCUCGCUGGAUGUGACUGACUGAAGGGGAAACGCAUAUGCUUCGUCUGUCUCUACACCGGCCAGCGGUGACUUUAUGUGCUGAUUCUCUUCCAGUUAAAGGGUUUUUACUGGCUCUUGUUUAGCUCCCAUCGUAUCAAUAAAGAUCUGGAAGUUUUGAUCUCAA